AUGGUUUUACCCAAUGUUCGUCCCCAAGGUCCACCACUUGUUAUAUGCAAAGACAUAUUAAUGAGCUGGUACUUGCUCACCCUCAUAAUCCGCCAAAAAAACCUCCAAAUCGGCCAGAACCAAGAUUCCGACCCGGUUAAUCAAGAUCAUAGCCUCCUCUGCUUAUCCGAAGAUACCAGAUCCGGUCAAGACCAAAACUUGCAGAUCCACAAGCAGGCUAGUUCUAAACCCGGAGAAAUUGAGGUGAUGGAAUGGAGCCCUAUAGAGGCACGAGAUGAUUGGGUGAUCUCGAUUACAGAGAAGCUCGAGCAAGGACAUGCAGACCAGGACAAGAUUAGUUCUCGAAAGCUCUGUAUAUACAAAGUUCCACGUUACCUGCAAGGAAACAGCAAUAGGUCGUCGUAUAUACCUCAGACCGUCUCGCUUGGUCCAUACCACCAUGGGGAAGAGCAGACCCGGCCUAUGGAGUGCCAUAAAUGGUGUGCGGUGAAUAUGCUCCUAACACGUACGAAACAAGGCAUCAAAUUUUAUAUCAACGCCAUGCGAGAGCUGGAGGAGAAGGCUCGUGCUUGCUACCAAGGUCCCAUUGGUUUGAGCAGUAACGAGUUUACAGAAAUGCUUGUUCUUGAUGGUUGUUUUGUUCUCGAGCUCCUCAGAGGAGCCCAUGAAGGAUUCUCUAAACUCGGAUACGGUCGUAACGAUCCAAUCUUCGCGAUGAGAGGUUCGCUGCGUUCAAUUCAACGGGACAUGAUAAUGCUGGAAAAUCAACUUCCUUUGUUCGUACUCAACCGGUUGUUAGAGUUACAACUUGGUACACCGAUGCAAACAAAUUUCGUGACGCAACUAACUAUUGUUUUUUUCGACCCGCUAAUGCCAACGGACGUGAUCGUUAGUUCCUUUCACCCAUUAGACGACGAGUUGAUCAGUAGAUCCUUUCACCCAUUAGCGGACAUGAUUGAAUUGCACUGUCUGGAUGUUUACCGUCGUAGUCUACUCCAGCAAAGCCGGCAACCAGAGCUGAGGCUACAACGAAGCAGAUGGUCCAGGGAAAUGCAUACGGUGGACAAACGCUACCAACAGCUGAUACAGCCUCUGGCAGAACUAAGAGAUGUCGGUAUUAAAUUCAGGAGAAGAAAAACCGACCGGUUUUGGGAUAUAAGAUUCGAAAACGGUUAUCUAGAGAUACCCAAACUACACUUAUCCUUGACGUGCCACGUUGAUUCAAGCAACGACAUAACAUCCUACAUAAUCUUCAUGGACAAUCUAAUAGAUUCUCCUCAAGAUGUUAGCUAUUUGCAAUACUGUGGUAUUAUCGAGCACUGGCUAGGAAAUUACUCUGAAGUUGCAGAUAUGUUCAACCAGCUAUGUCAAGAAGUGGUUUUCGACUCCAAAAAUAGCUGUUUAUCUCAGAUGACAAAUGAAGUUAACCGUCAUUAUAACCGAAAGUGGAAUGUUCUGAAGGCAGUCUUGAAAUGGAAUGUUUGGAAGAAGAACUUGAAACAGAAGUACUUCGAUAGCCCUUGGGCAUAUAUCUCUUUCUUAGCUGCAGUAUUUCUGUUAGUUCUCACGUUCUCUCAAAGUUAUUUUGCUGCUUAUGCUUAUUAUAAGCCACCUUCUUAA